AAAAGGAUAGCAGUAUUUGGAAAUAGCAACAGGGGAAAGAUCGAAAUAGAACCGUUUCCGAACAACACAAAAACUGGGCGGAGGGUAUGAAACUAUGACGCGUUGAAAUAUGUGAUGGCCCUUUUAGGGUUUGUCUCUGGGUACUAGAAAACGAAAAGGCCUCUUUACGCACCCCUCUGUUUGGGCCAGAAGGCAUUCUGAAGCACCUAGGUCCUUUGCUACACUCGAUGCCCUCGUCCAUCGAUUCAGUGCAGACAGUCUGUCUGUUGGUUUUGUAAUAUUUAUGCGUGUGUGUGUGUGUGUGUGUGUGUGUGUGUGUGUUUUUUUCCUAUGUUGGAAUACCAAACGAAAGUGAAGGAAGGGAAACCCCUCGGUUUAAGUGAAUCUUUGUCCGAAAAGGGACAUCGAUCCCUUCUUCGAGUACAAUCGGUCCUUCUCGCUCGAAUCCUCGCGCCAGGAUUUUGGGAACGCAUUUUCGUUUAAAUUUGUCAGUUCCCCCGCUUGCUCAUCUCAUUUUGGUGCCGGCUUGCCAAGUGUAAACAUCUCGUGUAGCUCGUGCGCUAAAGUAUUUGUAGACCGUAUUCGCUGGAUCGAAGUAUCGCAAAAGUGAACAACAUGUCGGCCAAAGCACUAACGCCACCUCAGACGUACUCACGGCUGUUCCGUCCAUGGGACGGUAAGGAGGCAAAGUUGGAAGUGCCUUCGGGAACGCGCAGCGAGCCAAGCCCAAGCCGUGUUAGUGAUGAAGAGUCGGACUGUUACAGUGACAGUGAAAGUGAACAGACGAUUAAAUCGGAACCAAUGGACUACAAUCACAGUCCCGUGAAAUUAAGUGCUAAUCUCGGAACAAAUGUUGCAAUCCCGUCGGAUCCCUCCAUGUUGCAUUAUCCUUCAGCGGAUGUGGCCGCGUACUACCACUACUGUUAUCAGCAGCAGCAGCUCCAGCUUGCCGAACAUCCACUCCCGACGCAAAUACACGCGGAGGCACCGCGAGUUUCGGGGCCAAUGGGAGCUUUCGGAGCCGCUGGUUUACCGCCAAUGAUCGAUCCACUCGGAUUUACGUACGACCAAAUGGAGCAAGAGUAUAUGCGUGUUCUGAGUGAGGAUGCUAAGGCAAAACUGCUGGCCAGUCGCAAACAGCGGCCAAAGAAGUUUAAAUGUCCGCACUGUGAUGUAGCAUUUUCCAACAAUGGCCAGCUCAAGGGACAUAUUCGAAUUCAUACUGGAGAGCGACCGUUCAAGUGUGAUGAGCCCAGUUGCAGUAAAACCUUCACCCGGAAUGAGGAACUAACGCGCCAUAAACGUAUUCAUACCGGUAUCCGACCCUACGGAUGUCAGACAUGUGGGAAAAAGUUUGGCCGCCGGGAUCAUCUCAAGAAGCAUAGUAAAACUCACUUGCCUCAGGAACGGUACACGUACGGGUUAAUGCCUGCGUCGGCUGCCGCGGCCGCUGCUGCGGCUAUGCUAAUGCCAAUGUACGCGACACAUGUCUUUGGGUACUAGAGAUUGUUCUCUACACACACCACUGCCAUUUUUGAAUAUAAAACCCAGUGAUCGUGUUGAUAGCAUAUACUAUCGAUCGUGAUAAAGUCAUUGCAACUGACGUUCGGAACUAUUGUUUGGAAGCACUCGCUUAUACUAUAGUUUGAGAGUUUAAAAGGACUGCUAGUAUUAAGCAUGGACAAAUAUUUUCGGGGAGUAUCAUGGGAAAGGGUGUUCUAAAAGUGUUAAAGAUUCUUAAGAAUGUAUAGUUAUGCCAGAAUAGUUAUAAGGAUAUGAAGAAUUAUUUUAAAAAAUACAAAUAUAAAACAAAUAACACUGAAACAGUUUUGUUCUUUUUUUUUAACAGCAUAGUCUGCGAAACAUAUAUUCCAGUACUAUACAACACAAAUACAAAUCCACAAAUCACAAAUAUUCAUACAACGAUACAACGAUUUGGAUUUUUA